AUCUCACUUUCAAUUGUGAUUGAUAAUUGAUAAUUGAUUUUUCAGUUCAAACCAUAACAAAAACAGCACCACCCUCCUUUCUUUGAUUCUGAACUUGCAAGUUUGAACACACAAGAGAGUGAGAGAGUGAUAGUGCGGGAAACAGAUUAAUUUGGUGAAUAACUCUCCUCCCUCCAAAACGCAAUAAUCCACUUUUUUUCAUUCUUCUAUUUUCUCUCUCCCUCUCUUUCUCUCUCUGAAAAACCCUAACAUUCUCGAAUUUCUCUCUCUUCAUUCAUCCAUGGCAUUCCUCUCUCCUCAAUCCCAAGAACAAGGAGGCGCCACCGUCGCCGUCGCCGUCGCCGCCACCGGCGAAGAAGACACCAACAUCGAUAUCCACACCACGCGUGGCACCCCCAUUCGCUACCUCCCCCUCGAUCACCUCUACUCCUCCACCUCACCUUGCAGUGGCUCCACCAUGUCCAAAAAGGUCAAGGCUCACCGCAAACUCGAACCCGCAAUCAGCAGCGACGACAUCAGUACCACCACAACCAGCAGCAAUAGCGACGACGGUGACCCGCCGCUCGAGAAACCGGCGUCGGAUGCUCUGAAGCCACCUCUUAUCUAUGUCUACUAUCGCCGACGUAAGAGGCGUCCGUCGCCAACGACGCCGUCGAGGGAGAAUGGGGUUUCUGAGAGUAAGGUGCUGAAGAGGAGGAAAAUUGGGACCGCUGAGUUGGAGAAAUUGGGGGUGGAUUUGAACGGUGUUAGGAACCACCUUGACGGGCCGAGAUUGAGGGAAUGUCGCACUCAAAUUGGGAAUUCUGGUACUGGCAACAACAGUAGCAACACCAAGUGUGGUGGUGGUGGUGCUUCCUUGGAGAAUUUUCCUAAGCUGAUUCCUGAAUCUCGCACUGCGAAGAAAUGGGUCACGUUGAGUUUUGAUAAUGCUGAUCCUGAGGCAUUUGUUGGGUUGCGAUGCAAGGUUCAUUGGCCCAUGGAUUUAAAAUCGUAUGCUGGCUAUGUCAAAGGUUAUGAUAUAGAAGCCAAGAUACAUCAUAUCAAGUAUGAUGAUGGUGAGGAGGAAAAUUUAAUUCUUUCAAAUGAAAAUGUAAAAUUCCAUGUUUCCCGUGACGAGAUGAAGCAUUUAAAAUUGAGCUAUGCCAAAGUUCGUGACAGUAAUGUCUCUGAUUAUGAUGUUGAAGAGAUGCUUGCACUGGCUGCAAGUUUGGAUGAUUGUCAAGACUUUGAGCCCGGGGAUAUCAUAUGGGCCAAGCUAACAGGCCAUGCAAUGUGGCCAGCUGUUGUUCUGGAUGAAUCACUUGCUAGCAACUGUAGGGGUUUAAGAAUGUUUAUAGGAGGAAGAUCGGUUCCUGUCCAAUUUUUUGGCACCCAUGACUUUGCAAGGGUUAGAUUGCAACAGGUGAAAUCAUUUCUUAGUGGACUUCUUACUGAUCUACACUCAAAGUGCAAAAAACUUAGUUUUAUUGAAGGAUUAGAAGAGGCAAAAAGGUAUUUAAGUCAACAGAAGCUUCCCUUGGAGAUGCUAGAAUUGCAGAAAAGAUGUACAGCUGAUGAAUAUAACAAUGUAAGUGGAGAAGAUGGAGGAUGUACAGAUUCUGGUGAAGAUUGUUUAAAUGAUAAAGGAACUUGCGCAUCACUUCAAAACAUCGAAACUUUUCCUUAUGAAGUAGGAGCAGACUUGCAGAUUCUAAGACUUGGAAAAAUAGUUGAAGGUAGUGCAUCUUUUGGAGAUGGAAGAUCCAUCUGGCCUGAAGGGUACACAGCAGUGAGAAAGUUUAUGUCACUUACUGAUCCUAAAGUAUCUGUCCCUUAUAAGAUGGAGGUGCUGAGAGAUCCAGAAUCCAAAUUCCGACCUCUAUUUAGAGUGACAGUUGAUGGUGGUGAGCAGUUCAAUGAUUGUACACCAUCUGCUUGCUGGAAUCAAGUAUACAAAAGGAUAAAGAAAAUGGAAAAGGAUAUCUGCAAUGGUUCUGUUGCUGAAGGCGGGAUUGAAAGGGGCUAUGAAUCUGGGUCUGAUAUGUUUGGGUUCUCCAAUCCUAGAGUGGCUAAACUUAUACAGGGAUUAUCUAAAUCUAAAGUCUCUUCGAAGAACUCAAAGUGCAAGUUAGGUUCCAGAAGUUAUAAUGGCUUGCCUGUUGGUUAUAGACAGGUUCAUAUUAAUUGGUUUGAUCUUGAUAAGUGCAAUGUGUGCCACAUGGAUGAGGAGUACGAGAACAAUCUGUUUCUGCAGUGUGACAAAUGCAGAAUGAUGGUCCAUGCUAGAUGCUACGGAGUACUGGAACCUGUUAAUGGAGUACUAUGGUUGUGUAACUUGUGUCGUUCGGGUGCUCCUCCCCCACCUUGUUGCUUAUGCCCCCUCAUAGGUGGUGCCAUGAAGCCUACGACUGAUGGCCGAUGGGCUCAUUUGGCUUGUGCCAUGUGGAUACCUGAAACUUGCUUAGCUGAUAUCAAGAGAAUGGAGCCUAUUGAUGGUUUGAGUAGAAUUAGUAAGGACCGCUGGAAGUUGUUAUGCAGUAUAUGUGGUGUAUCAUAUGGUGCCUGCAUCCAAUGUUCAAACAGUUCAUGUCGGGUAGCUUAUCAUCCACUCUGUGCUCGUGCUGCUGGUCUCUGUGUUGAGCUUGAGGAUGAGGACAGACUCUAUCUACUUUCUGUUGAUGAUGAUGAAGAUCAGUGCAUUCGCUUACUUUCUUACUGCAAGAAACAUAGGCAGCCAUCUCAUGAACCAUCUGGUGCUGAUGAACGCAUUGUUCGAGUUGUGGCUCCGUGCUCAGACUAUGAACCACCACCCAAUGCAUCUGGUUGUGCUCGAAGUGAGCCAUAUGAUUACUUUGGAAGGAGGGGCCGAAAAGAACCUGAAGCACUUGCAGCUGCAUCUUUGAAACGUUUGUUUGUAGAGAAUCAAUCUUACUUAGUUGGUGGACUCUGCCAGCAUGGAUUGCUAAACAACCCAGAGCCUUCUGGCAGAGGAGUUUGCCCUAAAUUCUUUUGUAGCCAACAAAGGCUGAGAACCUCUCUGAUUGACUCUUCAAACAGCAUACUUUCUACUGCUGAGAAAUAUAAGUACAUGAGGGAAACCUUUCGGAAACAGCUAGCGUUUGGGAAAUCAAGAAUUCAUGGAUUUGGCAUCUUUGCAAAGCAUCCAUAUAAAGGCGGAGACAUGGUGAUUGAAUAUACCGGUGAACUUGUUCGACCUACUAUAGCUGACCGCAGAGAGCACUUUAUAUACAAUUCUUUGGUGGGUGCUGGAACAUACAUGUUUCGGAUUGACGAUGAACGAGUCAUCGAUGCUACUAGAGCCGGAAGCAUUGCUCAUUUAAUUAAUCAUUCUUGUGCACCAAAUUGCUAUUCAAGAGUUGUAAGUGUUGAUGGCGAUGAACAUAUUAUAAUAUUUGCAAAGAGGGACAUUAAACAAUGGGAAGAGCUUACAUAUGAUUACAGAUUUUUCUCAAUUGACGAACGACUUCCUUGUUACUGUGGCUUCCCAAAAUGCCGAGGUGUAGUAAAUGAUACUGAGGCAGAAGAGCGAGCUGCUACCCUAUUUGCACCACGGAGUGAAUUAAUAGAUUGGACAGGAGAAUGAGAUUUUUAAAAUGCAUGCAAGAUCCUUCUGAAGAUGGACUGAUUGCCCUACCUACAACUUUUGUCUUGGAUUCUGCCAUUUCUCUAAAAGGACAGUCUUGUACAUAGCUCAUCUGAUUCUUCCCAUUGUUUCAUCAUAACCACAACUGAGCGGUUUAUGUUGGUUCGAGGUUCUGGUUAUGGUAAUUGGAAAGAUGCCAUCAAACUUUUCUACAUAUGUUUAAUUUGAAAUUCAUUGCCACAAUUAAGGCAUAUGAUUAACUUCAACCAACUUGCUAAUUGUAACUUGCCAUUGGAUAGUUCAAGUUGUAAUUACAUGAAACUUCAUAGAAAUGAAAAGAAAUUGAGGGUUUGAAUGAAAGUUAUUGCUGAUUGUGUCAAUUUGCCUUCGUAACAGUGGAACUUGGGAAUGAUAAAUGUAUCUGCACAACUAGCAAGCAUGAAUAGCCAUCAAAGAAGGCAGUGUAGACCAAAAGAAAACUUUUCGAUGUAUGAGCUGAAUCAUAAAAAAAGAACCAAACAAUAUCAGAAGUCUAUAUAUUUCAUUAUUAUUAUUAUAUUAUUUUUAUAUA